GUUGCGUGGUUUUGCGAGACUUCAGCCAUAAUUGUAAUAGACAAAAAAGAAAGUACUAAACUACGAUGCAUUACACAGCAAAUUUUGUGACAUAAACUAUAUUUAGACCAUUCUAACGAUGGUCACUGGAGAAAAUACACAAAUGGUACCAACUGAGAAUGUCUGUGUGGCAGAUGAAGAGAAGAUUUUGUGUAUUGUGCGUGACAUGCUGGACACCCAGUGUCAUGGGAUCCGUCACACCAUUAAUUUACCAGCUUCCACCAGCAUCAAGGACCUGAUUUCACAAGUGGCCCAGCAGUUUGGAUAUGUAGAAGAUACAAUAGGUGUUACGUAUGAGAAGCAAGUGGGAGCUGAAAUUCACGAGGUGAAUUUGAAUGAAAAUGAAGGGAAGAAACUGUGUGAUAUUUGUUUAAAUGGAAUGAGGAAGCACAACUUCACCAUCACCGAAAAAGAAGGAACCUUACCCCAGAAGACAGAGAGUGGGACCUCAGCUGGCACCAGCUCCUCCUCCUCCUCUGGUAUAUCAGGUGCCUCGGGGACCUCUUCCUCUUAUUACAACGGGGCCUUGACCUCCACCUCCACCGAUACCUGCUUCACCUACCCAGAGAGUUACUCCUACGCCACUGCUGUCAUCAAGUCAGACACAGGUUAUGUUGGAUUGGUGAACCAGGCCAUGACCUGUUAUCUUAACAGCCUGCUCCAAACUUUGUACAUGACACCAGAAUUCAGAAAUGCUGUUUACAGAUGGGAAUUUGACGGAAGAGAGGAGGACAUGGCCAAAAGCAUUCCCUAUCAACUACAGAAACUGUUUUUAUUGCUUCAGACCAGCAAGAAAAAAGCUAUAGAGACGACAGACUUGACUAAAAGUUUUGGCUGGGACAGCAGUGAAGUGUGGCAGCAACAUGAUGUACAGGAGCUGUGUAGAGUUAUGUUUGAUGCACUGGAACUGAAAUGGAAGAAGACAGACCAGGCCAAUCUGAUCAACAACCUGUACCAGGGAAAACUGAAAGACUACGUCAAGUGCCUCGAGUGUGGGAAUGAGAGUGCUCGGCUAGAUACAUAUCUGGAUAUACCUCUAGUCAUCCGACCGUUUGGCUCCAAUGAGACUCAUGGGAGUGUGGAUGAGGCCCUACAAGCUUUCGUAGAACCUGAAACAUUAGAUGGAAACAACCAGUACUUCUGUGAAAAGUGCAACAAGAAAUGUGAUGCCCAUAAGGGUCUCAAGUUUGUUUCCUUUCCCUACAUGUUGACACUGCAGCUGAAAAGAUUUGAUUUUGAUUACUCAACACUACACAGAAUUAAGUUGAAUGAUCGAAUGUCUUUCCCCGGGGUUCUGAACUUGAACCAUUUGAUUGAACCAGAACACAAAGGUUCAGAGGAGUCUGCCACAAGUCACACUCUGGAAGAGAGCAGUGAUGAAGACAUGAUAACCAACAUGACAGGGACCUCCUCAAAAAAUUCAGCAAUUAAAGGGUAUGUUAACGAUAAAAAUGCCAAGACUGCUGGAGCCAAGGGUCCCUAUGUGUAUGAGCUGUUUUCUAUUAUGGUGCAUUCAGGAAGUGCUGCUGGGGGACAUUAUUAUGCCUACAUCAAGUCUUUCAAAGACGGACUGUGGUAUAGUUUCAAUGAUCAACAUGUCUCAAAGAUAACGAAUGAAGAUAUAAAUAAGACAUAUGGUGGAUCCAGUACAUCCAGGGGCUACUACUCCGCAGCCUACACAAGUUCCACCAAUGCCUAUAUGUUGAUGUACAGACAGAUUGAUAAACAGAGAAAUAAAGAUUUCAUACAACCAGAGAAUUUCCCAGAACACCUCAAAGAAGCGCUACAAAAAAUAAAGGAUCGAGAGGAACAAGAAAUCCGCCAACGGGAACUUGACAAAUCUACCUGCAAGAUAAAGGUGUACUACUUUCAUCCACGUGAGAAAAGAAAAAUGGAGCAGAAGUUGGAAGUUCAUAAAGACAAGACACUGAGGGAGGCUACAGAGAUGUGUGCUAAGCUGUUCUGCAUUGAUAAGUCUAUCCCUCUGGACUGCUGUCGCCUGGUGAAGUUUGACGAGUACCAGGACACGCUGGAGUGCUCCUUUGAGGAUGAGGAGGAUACACCCAUGGGUCUGUUACUGGGAGGGGUGAAGCAGGCCUACAACUUUGACCUCCUCCUAGAAACAAAGCGACCAGAGCAGGUGUUUCAAGAGUACAGGCCUGGAGGUGUGACGGUGAAAUUGUAUGUGGCUGAUCUACAAAAUGACAUCAUCCAGGAGCCACCCAUUAGUGUGAGGGCCUACCACACUCAGACUGUGACAGAGUUCAAACAUAUGGUGGCAGAGGUUUUGGGUGUCUCAGCAGCUCAGAUGAGAUGUGUUCUGGAAAGGUUUCACAAUGACCUCAAAUUUUUAUCUGUCCCCAACAAAACACUGAAAACAGAGGGCUUCUUCAAAAGCAACAAGGUGUACGUGGAGUAUUCCGGGGAGGAGGACACCACACAUUUUACAAACACCCACUUCUUCCGAUUGCUGGACCGCCACCAAAACACCAUCAGGAUUCAUGUCAAUCUGCCCUCUACAUCUGAUGUAGAGGAUUUCCUGAAGUCAAAUUCAAGACAUGAACAACUAUUGAAAAAUGCCAUAACGAAUGCGAAAUCCAGAGAGGACAGUUCUACUUCAUUGGAAAUCAGAAGUAAAAACGGAAGUGACUCCUUAGACGAGGGAAUAAGUGACAGAGGAAGUGAUAGUGAAAUAGAUUUCAAACUGAAGAAAACGACACUUUCCAAAAGUGACCCUUCAAUUUACCACAGCUGUCAAUCAAUUGACAAUGGGCGUGUCAGUCCCCUUGGCUCCGCCUCUGAGGGCAGGGCCAGUAGUCCCAUUGGACACAGUAGCAGUAGUCAGGAUACUAGCACUAGUGCUGAAUUCAGUAUUCCAUCUAGUUACAGGGGUUUGUGUAAUAUUUCUGAUGGACAGGACGAAGCGGCGGACAGUGUUCUUGGAGAUUUAAACAGUCGGGAACCAGUGGAGCACGGAGAAAGUGAUUCGGAACAGACAGCCCCUCCCUCCCCAGGGGAACGAGUGAUCAAUGACACAGAUUUUAAAACAGAGGAGAAUUGGGAUUCAGACUGUGAUAAUGAUGUGACGAUUACAAAGGAGGAGGCUUCUAAACGUUAUUUUCACAUUGUUCACAAUGAGUUGGAUUUGUUAUCGAAACAAAGAAAUUUAACAGUGCUUGUUGAUAAACGAAUUACACUUGGGGCUUUCAAGAAGGAGUUAGAACCUCAUGUAGGGACGUCUUCAGAUAACUUUAAGGUGUAUCGUGUGUACUCAAAUAAUCAAGAGUUUGAAAGCAUCAGACUAACUGAAACUCUUUCAUUCUUUGAGGAUGGAAAGUUGAAUAUCAAGCUGGGAAGAGCUUUAAAACCAGGAGAAUACAGGGUCAAAAUCUACCAGCUUCUUCUCAAUGACGCAGAG